UCGACUCCGUCCCUGAGUGCAUUACUAUAAAUAGAGCCCUGCAACUCCGCAAUAUUCAAACACAUCUCAUCAUUCCUUCCUUCCUUUACAAUUUGUUACUGCAUCUCUGUAAAAUGGCAGCCUCCUCAGUCAUUCCUUCCUUGCUCCUCUUCCUCUUCGUAGCUGCCGCUGCCACUGCCGCUGCCUCCUCCAACCCCUAUGGCUACAUGCACCUGCGCUUCUACAACCACGAGAGAAUCCUUGGUUCCGGUCCCAGCGCCACUGUCGUCUACGCCGUCCAGCGCCGUGACUCCAACUCUGGGGCUGGUUUUGGUAACGUCAUCGUUUACGACAACCUUCUGCGGUCCGGGGUGGAGACAGACUCACCUAUCGUCGGCAGAAACCAGGGCAUGGGAGUGGGCUCGAGCUUGGCCGAGAAUUCUGGCCUCACCAAUUUCCAGCUGGUGUUCACCGCCGGCAAGUACAACGGCAGCUCCCUCGCCCUGCAGGGGUUGUUCCCGGUCGCCCCGCUCGGGACCGUGUUCGAACGGGCGAUCACCGGAGGCACAGGAAAGUUCCGUUUGGCCAGAGGAUACCUCUUGACCACGGAAGUUCGUGCUACCAACACCACCCUCACUGGACAACUCGAUGCUUAUAUCACCUUCCGUUGAGACUUGGGAUCAGCAUUUAUAUAUGCAGUUUAUUCUUUUCUACUCAUUUAUAAUUAUUUCAUAACCUUUCAUCUUAAUAAUUAAGCUAAAUUGUAUUAUAAAAGAUCGUGAUUGUUUUGGGUGAUCAAAAAAGUUGGUACAUGAUUAAUUAGUUCUGUUUUA